GCGUCCAACCAAGAACCAACCCGGUCGUCGUCUCGUCCCUGCGGUGCACGUCGCGCCUCCCCACGUCUCCGUCCCAGUUAACCCCACUCCGCCCAAGAAGCUUCUUCUUCUGCUACCUGUCGCACGGCGGCGCCCAUGGCCGUGGAGGCCGAUAUAGCGCCGGCGGCUGAGAGCGGUGGCAAGGCGGCGACGGAGGGAGUGAAGCGGCGGGGAGGGUGGGUGAAGAGGAUGACGGCGCCGGUGACGAGGAGGCGGGGGCACUACUCGCCCGUGGGCGGCGAGCUGCAUGCGGCGGCGGGCGAGGACGAGGGGCCGGAGAGGCGGGGCGGGUGGCUGCGGCGGAUGAUGCUGCCGCGGGACCAGUGCGUGCACGUGCAGCACCGGCAGCGGUGGUGGAAGCUGCAGGGCGGGGGCGGGUCGGGGUCGUCGUCGAGGCUGGUGGCGGGGCUGUCGCGGUCGCUGCGGUGGAAGGCGACGGCGGGGAGCCUGAGCGGCGGCUGGGCGGCGGCGGCGGCCGACGCCGUGUCGUUCCGCGUGAUGUACGUGGUGGAGGCCGUCGUGCUCGGCCUCGCGCUCUCCUGCUUCUUCUGCUGCUGCGGCUGCCAGAUAUAAAAAAGACUCUGCUCGCCGCCGGCUGGUUGGCUCGGCGCGUUCUUACCCUCAUCCAUGUAUGUAAUCAUUUUUUUUUUGGUUUAUAUUUAGUUCGAUCGUGUUGUAAAUCUGUGCCCUUAAUCCCGCACGAAACUGAGAUCAUCUUACAUUAAUCGAUCGAUUGGCGCCCCUUCAGCUGA